AUGCCUUCCGCUAGCAAGGACAAAAUCUUUGGCCCGUGGAAUCGUAGCGAAAGCACCGGCAACUUUGUGUACCUCUCGAACAACAACACGGCCGACAACCUGGCGAAGAUGUUUUCCCGCACGGCUCCAUCGAGUCCGCGAUGGACACCGUACGCGUCACGGCACAAUUCGCCACCGAUGCCUAGUUCCCCGUUGUCGUCCUCACCACCGACGACACUGCGCAGGAACUAUUCGAGCACCUUCACGCUCAUACCGGAGGAUCGUGAACUCGACACGGUGCAACCCGUCCAGCCAGUGCCGGCUAAGAGCACUUCGGCCGAAGCAGAAACGCAGCGUAUCUCCAACGGACGCAUCCUGCUACGGUUGGUGCUCUGGUGGCCGCUUCUACUGAUUGCCGUCGCUCAGCGUCUUCUCGGCUGCUGUAUGCAACUCGCCUGGAAGCCAUUCUUAAUGGCGGCCCCAGCCUUCUGGCUGUCGGCGUGCCUGUGGAUGUUCUGGAAGCUGAUUGCCCUACCGUUGGCAGGGUUGAAAUGGGCACUAGUCGCGCUGCAUACUCCGGCCCACGAGCGCAACCGUCGCAAGCGCACGAUCCUGAUCAGCUGUGGCAGCACGAUCCAGACGCUGCACCUGGCACGCAACUUCUACAAGUCCGGCGCCCGGGUGGUUGUGUUCGAGUUCGAGGGUCUGUUCGCGCUCGCUCGUUUCUCCACCGCCGUGAGCAAGUUUUACGCGAUCCAGCGCCCAACGCCGGAGAGUGCCGGCGAGUAUAUUGCGGCACUGUGCGAGAUCGUGGAGAAGGAGCAACCAACGCACUACAUACCGGUGUGCGCAACCAGUCCGGCACACUACGAUGCGCUGGCCAAGCCGCAUCUGGAACUGCGCGGAUGUUCCAGCUUCAUACCGGGCGCCCAGGAAACUUCCGUCUUGGAUGAUAUACUGCAGGUGAUGCGUAAAUGCCAAGCGAACGAAAUACUGCUGCCACCGCACCAGAUCGUAUCAUCGAAGGAGGAGCUGCACCGGCUGUACGAUGGUGGUUGGCUGGCCGGCUUUCGGAACGUGAUGGUCGCGUCCGGUGCGCUGGGGCUGCUCGAGCGCAGCAAGUACGUGCUGCCGGCAAACCGUCGCGAUCUGCGGCUCAACUACGAAGUGAGCGAGGCACAGAAGUGGGUUGUCAUACGGGAUGUGAUCGGGUCGCAUUACGUCACCUGCACGACGGUGAAGGAUUCGGCAGUGAUUGCGAACGUAACGUGUGCCAUCCAGGCGGAUACGCGCAGCCUGGUGCCGGAGGAGAACGCUGACAUCGAACGGUGGUUGCAGGACUUCUUCCGUCGCAUCCGGCUCCAGCGUCCCAUCAAUGGGCACAUCAGCUUCCGGUUGGUGAAAUGUCAGUGCAGUGGACAGAUACUGCCGCUCGGCAUACGCGUUGGCGUGUCGUUGCCGUACAUCUGCUACACCGGUGUACAUUCGCGCGUCCUCUGCAAACCCUGCCCGCACUUUAGCCGUCAGAAUUCGGGCCCGCUCGUGCAGGAAGGUGGUCGCUAUUGGAUCCACGAGACGGUGCUUAAUGCGCUGCGCAAGCCGAGCGUUGACGCGGUACAGCACUUGAUCGGUACGGUGAUCGAUCAGCGGGAAGCCCUGUUCGUCUACUGGGAUCCGUUGCCGUACUGUGCGUACUAUCACUUCCAGCUGCCGUUCAACUCGGUCAAAAGGUUCCUGCACAAACGGCAAGCAUCACGCACAUCCGUACCUGCGAUGGCUGCACCAGUACAGUGA